AUGGCAACCGACAAUUUCCCAUUCAUCAUGCCAAUGUACGUCGGCGCGCUUUCAAAAUGGACGAGCCACACAACAACCACACAACAGCCAUACAACAGCCACACAACAACACUCGUAGACGAAGACGUCAAAAUUAUUAAAAAAAAUUACACUAACAACUACAAAUACAACUUCAACUACCUUGACAACACCAACAACAACAUCAAUAACAACUUCAACAACAUCAACAACUUCAAAAACAACUUCAACAUCAACAAGAACAACAACAUCAACAAGAACAACAACAUCAACAACAAUUUCAACAACAACAGCAACAACAUCAACAUCAGUGACAUGAACAACAUCAAAAAAACCUCCAACAAGACAAGCAACAAAUUACAGGACUGCUAUUCAGUUGUGAUUAAAUCUCACUGGGCAUGCGAGAGAUUGUGCAUGAAACAUGAAACACCGUUCCUCACUGGAGAUUUGAACCCGAGAACCACGCGCUAUCUAUCUCUUAUCGCGGAAAUUUCAUUUCGAAACAUAAAAUUAAAAAUGAAACAAUGUUACUAA